CCCGGAAGUAAACAGUCUGGCAGUAAAAAAAAAAUCCUUUGGUCACACUGGUCGCAGAACAUGAAAACAAAAUAUGCACGUUUUUUGUCAGUAAGGACAAGGUGACAAUCGCGUUGAUAUUAAGUUGGAAACAUGCCUAUGAAAGGGAGGUUUCCGAUUCGGAGGACGUUAGAUUAUCUCCAAAAGGGGGAGAUUGUCUUCAAAAAACCCGUGAAGAUCAUGACAGUAAAUUACAACACGCGUGGGGACCUCAGUGAGGGAGCAAGAAAAUUCGCGUUUUUCAAAGUGCCACAGAUACAGUAUAAAAACCCAUGGGUCCAAAUUGUGAUGUUCAAGAACAUGACACCAUCACCAUUCCUCAAAUUCUACCUGGAUGAUGGGGAGCAAGUUCUGGUGGAUGUGGAGGGGAAAGAAUACAAAGAAAUCACACAACACGUCAGGAAGAUUCUUGGCAAGUCAGAUGCGGUUCUGCAGGCUGAAGCGCAAAAGGAGGAGGCCAACCCAGCAAACUUUGGGCCAAAGAAGUACUGCCUGAAGGAGUGCAUGAGUGAGGUACCAGGCCAGGUGCCACACCCUGGGCUGGUGCCACUGCCCAAGGAAAUGACAGGCAAAUAUCGGGCAAAGAUGGCAGCAAGUUCAGAAGACUAAUAGGAGGAAUAAAAAGGACUGUUCACAUUGAAAGGAUUACGGUUUGCGUAAAAAAAUGUUUCUCGAUUUCUGUAUUUAUGUAAUAAAUUGUCUUGACGUACCAUACGUUUGUUUAAAAUA